CUGAAAGAGACAUAAGGAUUGAUGAUAUGCAAAAACUAAAAGUGGUAGAAAACUUUAUUUAUGAGAGCAUGCGGUACCAGCCUGUCGUGGACCUGGUCAUGCGCAAAGCCUUAGAGGAUGAUGUCAUCGAUGGCUACCCAGUGAAAAAGGGGACUAACAUUAUCCUGAAUAUUGGAAGAAUGCAUAGACUUGAGUUUUUCCCCAAGCCCAAUGAAUUUACUCUUGAAAACUUUGCCAAGAAUGUUCCUUACAGGUACUUUCAGCCAUUUGGCUUUGGGCCCCGGGCCUGUGCGGGAAAAUACAUUGCCAUGGUGAUGAUGAAGGUCAUCCUGGUCACACUUCUGAGACGCUUCCACAUGCAGACAUUGCAAGGUCAAUGUGUUGAAAAGAUGCAGAAGAAAAAUGACUUAUCUUUGCAACCAGAUGAGACCAGCGACCUGCUAGGAAUGAUUUUCAUCCCAAGAAAUUCAGACAAGUGCCUCGACCACUAA